UCUGAGAAAUGGACACUAAUAAUACUGACAUAGACAAUUUAUCAAAUGCCUUGAUUUUUAAGGGUUUUCUCAGAUAUCAGCAAAUUAAAGCUCGUAGACUCUGAGUGCUCUGAAAAAAGUUCUAUAAAUGCGCUCCAUAGUUUGAUGGUCUCUCAUCUUCCUCCGAUCAGCGUGGUAGGCCUUUUUCUUCCCAAAACCAAGAGAAGGUUUGACCAUGGCGACGCUCACUGUUCCCAAGCCAGUUCCUUCCCCGGCUGAGGACGCCGAGGCCAUCCACAAGGCCUGCCAAGGAUGGAUAGUUAACGGGCAGACACUGAUCAGCAUUUUAGCACAUAGAGAUGCCGCCCAAAGAAAGCAGAUUCAGUUGGCUUUUAAGGAAUUGUCCAAGGAGGAUCUCACCAAAAAACUCGAGUCAGUACUGUCAGGACACUUUGAGAAAGCAGUAUACCGCUGGAAUUUUGAACCAGUCGAGAGAGAGGCUGUGAUGGCUUAUAUUGCCUUGAAGAAGAUUUUUAAUCCCCGUGUGAUCAUAGAAAUUGCAUGCGUCAACUCGCCAAACGAGCUUCUAGUUGUGAAAAAGGCGUACCAAGCUAAGUAUCGGUGCUCUCUGGAAGAAGAUGUGGCUGCUCACACUGAUGGAGAUUUGCGCAAGCUACUCUUUGCACUCGUAAGCACAUACCACUACGAUGGAAAGGAUAUUGAUGCGAGGUUAGCUAAAUCAGAAGCCAAGAUUUUGCAAAAGCAUAUAAAGGAUAAUGAACUGAACCAUAGCGAAAUCAUAAGAAUCGUGGGUACUAGAGGCAAGGCACAGGUUAAUGCUACUUUCAAUAGCUACAGAGAAGAAUAUGGUACUUCGAUUCAAGAGGCUUUGGCUGGUAAAUCUACAGGUGAAUUUGCACUGGCACUCCAAGCAGCGGUUGCUUGCAUCAUCGAUCCCCACUUGUACUUUGUCGAGGUCCUUGAUGCUGCUCUCGAGAAAUCAGAUGAAGACGCACUGACUCGCGUUAUCGUAAUGCGCGCCGAGAAAGAUCUCGGGGAGAUCAAAGAUAAGUUUCAUAAGCAGAAGAAUGUUCUCCUUGAACAAGUAGUGGAAAAAAAGACUUCUGGAGAUUACGAGGGCUUUCUCAUCGCUUUAUUGGGUGCCUGAAACACCUAAUGCGUCUUCGACAACUCUGCUCUUUCAGUGUUCUUGUGGGUCAAGUUUUGCCUUCAGACCUUGCUUGUGCUCGAGGCAAACUUUCUUUAUCAGCAUCUGUCUAGUGCUUGAAGAGCUUGGUUUGGUGUGCUAAAUAAUUUGGUUUCUUUGCUGUUUGUCUAGCUAUGUUGGAGUCUUGUUGUUGUGAUGUUGUAUGAACUAGCUCGAUAUGAAGAAUAAAUCUCUAUGUCUUGUCUUC